GGCGCGGCGGCGGUGUUGUUGUUGUUGAGGCGCUAUGGUAUGUCAGCGCGGCCUCGAUCUUUUCCCGUGAGUUUUUGUCGCGUUCUGCGGGUUUCAUGUUCCGCGCCGCCGAGAUCAAGAGCUUCGGUAAAGCGGGAACCGGCUGGCACUUUCGGCGGACGAUGGACGAGCUGGUCCAUGACCUGGUGUCGGCUCUGGAGGAGAGUUCAGAACAAGCCCGUGGAGGGUUUGGAGAUGGUGGAGAUCACGCUCUGGCCGUCGGCUGCCUGUUAAAACGGCAGGCCCGCAAGCGGCGCGGCCGGAAGCGUCGGUCCGACAACCCUCACCCGCCGUGGGACACCUGCCACCUGAGCGAAGGCUCCGAGUCCAGCCUGGAGGAGCAGAAAGACUACCGCUCAUCCACGGCGGCAGGGGGCGCUCACACCCGCGACAACAACAGCGACUCGGACGAGCAGCUGGGCGCGAAGCGGCGGACGCCCCUCACCGACUCCGGCCGGGGGAAGAGGCCUCUGUGGCUGGACGACUUGAGCGGAGCGGAUGUUUUGGGAACGCGCAGCUUGCGAAGGCGGCGGAAAGUCAAGCGCAUGGCCGUGGACCCGCCGCUAGAUGUCUCCACCAUGUUGGCUCCGCCCCCAAGAGCAACCAACAGCAGGGAGGCGGGGUUUAGCCCGGAGGCCAAGGGGAGCGAAUCAAACAAAAACAGGGUGAAGAAGAGGAAGUUCACGGCGCAGAGACUCGCACAGGACGCGGCUGAUGAAGGCGUGGUGGUGGAGAGCGAAGAGGCGGGACAAGCUGCCAAAGAUAAGAUGGACUAUGAGGAGCAGAAAGGCUCAGACGAGGAGAUGAGUGACAGGUGUGAGACGAGCAGUGUGAGUAACAGCAGUGACGGGGGUCUGUACACAAACGAUGAAGGAAGGCAAGGCGAUGAUGAGCAGAGUGAUUGGUUCUAUGAGGGCGAGCCGGGCGGGGCCUGUGGAAUCGCGGGUGUAGUGCCGUGGUGGGAGAGAGACUCUAACGAGCUCGACCUCAACGACCCUGUGUUCAACAGCAUCCUGACCGGAGCGUUCCCGUUAAUGUCACAAGGAUCUCAAAGAGGAUUUCAAGCACGUCUCGCGCGGCAGGCCUGUCUUCAGCAGUCACAGGGAACCUCUCAAGGAAUUCCUGAUCGAUUACCCAGAUUAUCCCAGGAUCCUCACGACUCAUGGUUCAGCUCUGGGGCCAGAAGAGACCAAUUGCUUUGGGAUUCUCGCAGUGACAGAAGCCACAGAAAAAGCUGCUCUUUAAAGACUGCCAGCAGACAAACUAGUGGUCAUCUUGGCUCUCUGUGUACUGGAGAUAUAAAGAGGCGACGAAAAGCAGCGCCUGUGAGUGCCCCGUCAUCCUCAGGUGUGGUGGGUGAGAGCGCUGCUCCUUUGCCCGAGUCGAAUGUGGGGAACCGUAUGCUGCAAAGUAUGGGCUGGACCCCGGGGUCGGGCCUGGGCCCCGACGGCAGAGGCAUCACGGAGCCCAUUCGUGCGUCUCAGAGGCCGAAGGGAGCGGGACUGGGCUUCAACUGAGCUCGAGUCGAGAACAGAGAGAGCAACUCGUGCAGAGACAGCAGCCCCGGGCCACGGGCCGCAUUUCUCUCUGUUAACCUCAGCGUUCACAGCAGCCAGCCAUCAGAGGGCAGCACUGAGGUGAUAGAGAUGAAACGAAACAGGACACCUGCACUGGCCCAGACAAGGACUGACUCUAGAGCUGCCUCACUGCCACCACACACACACACACACACACACACAGACUCAUUUCAACAUGACCGUUAAACCGUUAAACUCCAGAAAAUACACGAUUCACCAAAAGAGUAUCAUUAGAAUCAAGAAUUUGCCAUUUGUAAUACAAAUAUUUCUACAGUAUAGGAUGAAUUUAAUGAGGAAAUAUUAAACUGCAAAAAUCAUAGGAAAUAAAUAAUAUUUUGCAUAGCCUGUUUAUAGGACCUUGACGAUUUUCAGCUUAAUGGCAUUAUUUUCAUGUUAAUUAUGCAUAUUCCUCCCAACAUUCUUGUUAUUGUACUGUAAUUUUUUUUUUUUGUUAAGAUGAAUUAACUAUACUCAAUGUAUUAGUAUUACAUUGCAACAAUGAUAAUUUGAAAAAUUAUCAAAGCUAACAGCGGUACUAAAAACAGGCUUCAUGCAAAAUACGAUUUAUUGUUGUUAUUAUUAUUCUAUUUUGUUAUAAUUUUUUCACCCUGCAGAAGUGUUUUAAUGAGCCUUUCAGUCCUUAUUAGUGAUGUUAAUUUCAAGCCAACAGCCAAACCUCAGCGGAUACCAGCGGAAAUUAGCAAAACCUUUUUUUAGUUACUUUUUUUAUUAUUUUACUUUUUUUUUCAAAAACUAUUUUUAAAUACUUUCACCUCGUAUUAAAAAAACAGCGUGUUUUUGCAGAAUAGAUCAGUCCAAAUUAUCGUCUGUCUCCUGUAUUCUUUUAAUAUUCUUUUAUCCGAUGUCACUGAUAGCAUUGUUUCCUUUUUUGUUAAAUGAUUUUUUUCACUUUAUAUUUUUGUUACGUUAAUUUUAAGUAAAAAAAAAACUUUUGGACGUUUGUGCAAAUAGCAUGCACUGAUAAUGAAUGUCAAUACCUCAGCCGAUCACACGCUCAUGAAAGCCGCAUGUAUGAAAUGCUGGAAUGACGCAGAGUGAAGCGAGCUGCAAGCGCAUUUUAAUGAUGCUACACGAGGGUUCGGGGUCCACUUUGUUUAUUUCCGGGGCGUACGAUGCGAAAUUCAGUGAAAUGCGUCUCAGCAGAGUUUGAGUAAUGAAUAGGAUUAAUUGACUGAAUUGGCUUAGUUGAGAUGGAAUUAAGCGUUCGAGGAGGCGACACACUUACUACUGACGACUGUCAUUUCUGGUUGUCACGAGGUGAAGAUUACGCCCGUUGUUGGGUAAACACUUCAAUGCCUCUUACGGACAAUCCCAGAUGAUUGGAGAUGCUAUUAUCUUGGCAGAACGUUUAGGAAUCCGCUCGACGAGACAGGAAGAGUCUUUGAGCCGAAUGUGAUAUCAUUUCCUCUCUGGUGUUUGAGCAGAGCUGUACUUCCCUGUAUGAAGAUGAGUGGGUUUUUUUAUAUUUGUUUUUGGGAACACGUUGUAUUUUUAACCUUGUUUGCACUCCGAAUGAACCGCUUUCGAGCGGUUGUUGGAAUGAAUGAGGAGCAUGUCAGGUUUGUCUCUUCCUGUGAUCUGUACAUCAUGCCAAACUCACAAAACAUGCCACCUUUGUUUACAUUGGUCUUUUUUGUCGUUUUUGCCAAUUUGCGUGUUAGCGACGGGGAUGAUACGGCCUCUGUGUGUGUUCUGAAGUCAAAGUGACGUACUGUUCAUAUACUGUAGAUCAGUAUUAAAGCGUUCUCUGCUCAA